AUGAUAGUGCUGAAUCUUUACCGGCAUUCUGCUAUACUUUUGGUAGGAGUUAUAGUACAGUUUGGCUUAAGGAUUUCAGGUGUCCUCCAGUCACCAUCAGGUAUCACUGUCAAAGCAGUAAAUGGUUCGGAUUUUGUCUUAAUAUCAUGGAAAUAUCAAGCAAGCGCUAAGUUUUACAGAAUCUUCUUUAGAGGAUUUGAUUCAAUGCAGGAAAACUCAAACAGUCCACUACAAGAGGUCGGACCGAUGGAAGUUUACUGUUUAGCGGAUAAUACGACAUGUAGUUACUGUGUGUCAAACAUUGACAGGGGUGUCUCGUGUAGCAAACUUGACCAACAUUAUCAGGUACUUUUUAUUGAGAGCAAAAUGGAAUACGAGGUGCCCGUAAGUAUAAAGAUUGAAGCUUGUGCUGAUGUAUUCCCUGACACAUGCCAGAGUCACAACGAAUGGAACAAUUAUACCAUUCCAGCUGGAGCGCCCAGUGCAGUGAGGGAUGUACAUGCAAGGCCAUUAUCAUCCAAAACGGUCGAAGUCACGUGGUCUCCCCCCAGUCAAACAAGAGGAACCAUUGUAAUGUAUACUAUACUAUACAAAACAGAUCACGGUAUAAAAAUGGGCGAAGAAUUCAGACGUGUAUCAAGAGCAGUUCUCACGGGCUUGACUGCAAAAACGACUUACAGAGUUUGGAUGACAGCCUCCACGAUCAGGAGAGAAGGCGCAAAAUCCAAUAUCAUCACUGUUCAAACAUAUGAAGACGAAUGUGUGUCUACUCCUUGUCAACAUAAUGGAAAAUGUCACGAGGAUGGCACGUCCUACAUGUGUAAAUGUUCAAGGGCCUGGGAAGGAACAAACUGUGAAAUUCCUGAAAGUUUUGCCAUGCGAAGAAACCUUUGUAUUGACACAGGAGGAGAGAGGAGGCCUCAUUUUCAAACAAAGGUCUCUUUGGAAUUUUGCGCCGCGAAUUGUAGAGAGAAUUUAAGCUGUAAAUCGUUUGAAUAUGGACUGGGAUAUGAGGAGAAUGGAACAUUCGUGAAUUCUCUUCAUAAACAUGGUCUUGGAAUAUGCAAGAUGCAAAGACUGGACGCUACAGAAAGAACCCUGAACGCCUGUUACUAUGACUAUUAUGAGAAGAGAACUGUGUCUGCGGGCUCAAUAUCUUCUUUGCCAUGUAAAGCGCUAAUAAGAACUUUAGCAUUUGUGUUUCUUCUCUUGAAAUAGC